CUAUUUGCUGCUGCUUUAAUGCCAUGCAUCCCUCUCCUGAUUGAGAACAUAUUGAUCUAAGAAAGGGCUGAUCAUUAUGCUGAAGCGGUGGCGGGUCACUGUGACAAGUUUCAAAGAUGAUUAAAAAUAUACACAACACCAGAAAUGCCAGGAGACGAGAGGAAUACAAAGGUAAGAGGCAGCGACUCUGAGAGAAUACAAAUAAGAAAUUAACAUUUAGAGGCUUUGGAGUUGAAAUAAUAUUCAAUCCAAGGACCAAAACAUUAAUGAUGUUGUGUUUGUUUUUACAUUUGUUGUUCCUUUGUGGCAGGGAUACAAAGAUCUGUAAAUUCACCAAGAAAGGGAUUGAGAUAUAAAUCGAUGAUUAAAAAUAAUAGUAACUACUUGCAGCCCUGCACUUCUAUCACAACCAAAUCCUGAUUUAGAGCAUCUGUAACUCCUUAUUCAAUAACUUUUUCAAUUGCUUGUUAAAUUAAAAGAACUUUGCAGCACAUAGAGCCCAGAUAAGUGUCUGUAUCAGGAAAUAAUUUGUUGAUAAGCCAAUGAAAGUCAACAACACAGCACCAAUAGAAACGUGCAUGAAGUGUAAAAGGUCAUUUAUAUUCAGUGAAAAUAAAAAACAACACAUUGUUUCCUAUUUUUUCUUGACCUCAGAAUGCUAGUUUAUAGUUUAUAGUAAUAGUUUUUUUUAAAUAUAUUUUACUUUUCCCAAAGGCUGCAAAAUGCUUACUUCUACAGCUAUCCAUCGUUUUGACCCCAUUUUUUAGGAAGAGUGAAGAAACAUGAAGGCAGUGAAGCAGGGAGGUUGAAAAUUGUAGAGGAGGAGAUCAUGACACACCAGAGAAGUGUGGGUCAAGGCAAGGCAAAUUGUGAAACCAAAAAAAAAAGAGAGAAAGAUGAAAAAGAAAACAUUCCCUGACUCAUUUUCCUAGUUUUCAACUGGUUACAUGCUUAACUCCACUUCUUCUCGCCGCCUCGCCCUCAGCUCUUUUCCCCUUCUUCCCCUCCUUUCUCCUUGAAUAAUUGAUCAAUGCAUUUUCUCUCCCAGGCAGACAGUGAAACAACUCCCUCCUUUUCAAACGCCAAUCCGGGGGGGUGCGAUGAGAUGUCAUUAGGGAUGACUGACAAUAGAAUUCACACUCAGACUAUAAAGGACUGUGUCUAAAGCAGAUUAUUAUUGUAAAACACCAAUAGAUGUACUUCUUCUGUAGAUCCAUUAAGACUUUCUUUAUUCAUCUUAUUAUUUUAAGCAAAUUUGUAGAUGCAGAUGAUUCAAUACUGUAUGAAUUACCCUUUGUUCUGUUUCCUCCCCAUGGACGAAAGGUACAGAUGGAUUAGGAACAAAGAAUAGGGCGUGUGGGGAGGAGGGAGAAGUUCACAUUCGGAAGAAUAAGAGAAAAAGAGGAGGUGCCUUGCAAGUUAAAUGUGUUGUCGGAUCAAACCUGAAAUACCUCUCACUUUACGCACUCCGUCUGGUUUGUCCAUUCAGGCUGAUGUAGGAACAUGGAGGCACACGAUGGAUGAGCGUCGAAAUGGGACAUUCGUCAGAGAGUUUGGGACUACAUCGAAGAGAAGAACCUGGCCAAUUUUCCGAGGCCUGUUCACAACAGGAUCCCGAAUUUCAAGGGCGCCUAUACAGCCUGUGCCAGAGUGUCUGAGCUGCCGGUGUUCACCCAGUCACCUGAGGUCAAGGUGGAUCCUGAUAAACCAUUGGAAGGUGCUCGGAUGGCAGUGCUACAGGCACAGAAAACUUUACUGGUCCCUACUCCUCGUCUACGCACUGGUCUUUUCAAUAAGAUCACUCCUCCUCAGGGGGCGACCAAAGAACAGCUGCGCAUAUGCUCUUCCUCUCAGGGUGUCAGAGACUUCAGCGUUCCUGUCGGGCUGGAUGCAAAGGUGAAGGUAGAUCUGGUGGUGGUUGGCUCGGUGGCCGUGUCAGAAAAAGGCUUUCGUAUUGGAAAAGGUGAGGGUUACGCCGACAUGGAGUACGGCAUGAUGGCUUCAAUGGAAGCGGUGAAUGAGUCGACUGUGGUGGUCACUAUUGUCCACGACUGUCAGGUGGUGAACAUCCCAGAGGAGCUGAUCGAGAGUCAUGACCUGACUGUGGACUACAUCCUCACGCCCACCAGAGUGAUCAAGACUGACUGUCAGUUACCCAAACCACAAGGAAUCGUCUGGACUAAGCUGGACAUGGAAAAACUGGAGAAGAUCCCCAUCCUAAAGACACUGCAUGCUCUGGAGGAGCAGGCUGGAAAGGAUGUAACACUGGGGGUGGCGCUUGCAGCAGCAGAGCCUGCUCUGCAUACCGCGCAACCCAAAAGGCAAACCAGACGGAGGCCAAAGCGGAACACGCAGCAGGAUGCCGAGGGAGAAUCCAAACAGUCCGCACCCAGAGGAGAGGGACAGCAGAAAGGUAGACUGCGUCCGGCCAGGGUGAGGAAAGAAAGCAGAGGCGAUGACAAAGGAGGUGACGAGAGAGAAAUCGGAGAAAAACGAAAGGUAAAAAGUGGACGCAACAUGAGGGAGAAAGGCCCCGAGGAGAAGAGUGGCGAAGUGACAUCCCAACGUAAAAUCCCAGCGAGUGUGACCACAGUUUACCUGGGAGGAAUCCCCACCGGAGUCCGUGUUAGCGAGCUGAAAACUGCCCUCAGAGAGCGGGAGGCUCCUCCACUGAGGCUCACCUGGCAGGGAGCUCAACACAGGGCCUUCCUUGACUACAACGACCCCGAGGCUGCAGAAAAAGCCCUUGAGGCUCUGCAGGGUCUCAGUCUGAAUGGUCAGAGUCUCCAGGCCGAACUGGCCAAGAGUCAACGCGGUGGCAAGAGGUCCGGAGAGUCCAACCGGAGACCAAGACCCUCACCAGCCCUGAAACCUAAAACGUCAACAUCGACGGACGACGCGGCCGAGACGACUGAGCAGUAAAAAAAAAAAAACAGUCGAGCAGCCUUGAACAACCUUCAGAAGAGUUAUUUGUGUUUUUAUUAUUUAUGUAGGUUCAGUCACAAGAUGACCCUCUCUUAUUUGGCUCAUAAACAUCUAAAGUGAGUGCUAAUUGAAAAUAAUAUCAUUAAAACUACACAGCAACUGCAAAUGUAGAAAUAUAUAAAAGCAGCGUCAGGUCAUGCAGGAUUUCACGUCAUAUACAUUUUCACCGUAUUUAACCCAGACACACGUAACAGUAUGUGCCUUAUUCUAUUUAACCCUCUGCUCUGUGUCCAUAAGAGGUCACGAGCCAGAGAAAGCUUUUUUCCAGGUAGCGCCACCUAGUGGACAUUUACACAAUUUUCACAAUCCUUUAUAUUUUAAUACGCCACAGUUUUUGACCGCAGUGUUUUUUGCGAAACAUUUUUUUAACCACUCAGAAAUUGUGUUUCUGUUUUUACAUUUAAAACUCAAAUUUCCAUAAAUCCUGAACUUACUAUGCAGAUUCAACCAAGAACUGUUAUUUCUAAAUUUGACUAGAGAAUAUUUGACGUAAAAAAAAAGCCAUAAUUAAACUGUGAUGAUCUUGUAGCAAUAACCAGAAAAACCUUUUGCAUGUUACAUGUAAAAAUUAACUCUUGGAAUGCAGUUUAUGUACUUAAAGUAAAUCUAAAGUUUUUAAUUUAUACAUAUGACAUUUCAAAGUGAAGGGCCUUUGAUUUCCAAUAGUUUUCUUAUUUGUAAGUAUACAACCCUACAACUUAUUUCAGGUUACGAUAAAAUGUUCAUAUGAGUUCAUGUUGAUAAUUAUCAUAGUAAAUGUCAGUUAACACAAAUUUAAGAACACCUUAAUUCAAAGCAGUUGUGUGCUGUAUCUGAGUGUUUGUUUAAUACAUAAUUAUAUAGGGUUUCAAUCUAAGUGAUAAAACACCUUUAUUGUCCACACCUACCUUUUCACUUUUUACCUUUUUUUUGUGUGUGGCCGGCGUCACCACAUAAUAAAUAAGAGAUGGUUGGAUGGACUGUUAAACUCUUUAUGCCUCUGUUUGUAUCACAGUUCACUAAAGCGAUCGACUGAACCUGUUUUUUUUGUCUUCAAUUGUUCAGAUUCCCACUUUAACUGAGACACGUUGCAGCACCGGUUGCAUCCUGAGCCCAGCUGUAACUAUCGUUGCCACAGUAAACCUGAGGAUUGUUCCGAUGAGGCAUUGAUUCAAGGUCAAAUAUUAAAAGUAAACAUACCGGCUUAGGGCAUUCAUUUUAAGGAUACGAUAUGAUACACUUUAUUGUCUCUUUAGGGAAAUUAAUUUUGGUUUCACUGGUGCUGCAAAUACGAAAAACACUAAGUUAAUUUCCCUACAAGGCAACAAUAAGAUCAAAUUUAGAUUCAUUUUGGUGAUAGUUGUGGCACAAAUCUUUAAACUAUACCAAAUACCAACAGUAUCUUACAGAUGCACAUAUCCAUACUUAUGUAGCCUAUAUAGCCUGUGUCUUGUUAUCUGCAUAGACCUUUUUACCUGUUAAACCAUACAUUUACUUCUGUGUCUGUGUGUUGCACCAGAGCAGAGAAGUGUCCUGUUUUCUCCAGAUUGUAUUUAGACACAAGCACACACAGCAUGUCUGUCUGCACUGAGCAGGAUUCUGGCUUUUUAUGGAGCUGUCAUGCAGGCCUGUAGCUGCACGACGGGCAGCAGCUGUGGAACCCCAUCUCUCCCUCUCUCUUUCUCUCUCGCUCCCACUCCCUGAGCCAUGCCACAGCACUAAACCUCGGCAAAUGUCAUCAGUUAGUUAAAGCUAAUGUUCUGUUGCACUGCUGUUACCCUCUGUGCUCUGUGGCAUUUUACUGGGGUUCAGUCAGUGGUCAGUGUCGUGCACGGAGACGUGUGAAGACAAACCUCAACGACGUGAGCUACAGAGUAAAGUCUUACACAGCACAGUCCCGCCAUUUUAUCCUUUAACUCUAGGAGCACCUGUUGUCUGACACUAUAAAUAAUUCAAAUUAUAAACCACA